GGUAAAAGACAUCGAUAGAAGCACACAUAGUUGCACGUUUCCGAGCCCGUUAAUCGAAGUGGGCCCACUCAGCAGGCGCAACAAACAAAACAAUAAAAAGCCACCACAGCAGGCUGUUUUUUACUGUUAUUGUGGCAGCAUAAUACGGAGCUCAGUAAUUUCAGACUCAGUUGAUUUUGGAACAGUACGAAAGUCGGUGAAUAAGAAGCAUCGUCAUCCAAAAUCUGGCACACUGCACGCUGAACGUGCCCCGAAUUGUCUAAACACUCGGGAUCAUUUCACGCGCAAAACAUUUUCCCCAGUCUAUCUGCUGCCACUUGUAUCGCCGUAUUUCUUAAGAGUUACAGAAGUAUUAAAUCGGCCCAUCAUAGCGUCAAGAAUAGUGCCGCGCGGGCAAGGCAACAAGUCGAAAAGCUCAAGUUAGCCUGUUAACUAGUUGGCAGGUCAGCAUUCUGCCGAUCCAGGCACCAAAUUACCGAUAAUACAAAUUACAAAGAAUUGCCUCUAAAAAGAAGCUGACUGUGGCUGAGGCGUGAUGAGCGUGGACACGUAUGCGCCGAGCUCGACGCUCUCGUUCCUGGACAUGGACGAGAAUGAGCUGCUGCCGGGAGCGGACACGCAGCCGACGCAGUAUGACUACCGUGACUUCACUAUGCCGUCCACUUCUCAGAGCCAGACGCAAGGCGAACAGCUUGAGCUGCACCCGCGCCGCUCUGGUGGCGAUUCACACCCUCGAAUUGCCAGCAUCACCAACGAUCUGGGGGACCUGCAGUUCGAGGAGGAGGACGACGAGGCCGGCAGUUCAUACGUUAAGGAGCUGCCAGCACAUGCAUGCAAGUACUGCGGAAUUCACGACCCUGCCACGGUUGUGAUGUGCAACAACUGCAAGAAGUGGUUCUGCAACGGACGCGGAAGCACUUCCGGAUCGCAUAUCAUAAACCAUCUGGUGCGAGCCAAGCAUCGUGAAGUGACUCUUCACGGUGAUGGCCCGCUGGGCGAGACAAUUCUCGAGUGCUACUCGUGCGGCGUACGAAACGUUUUCGUACUGGGCUUUAUCCCGGCCAAGGCAGACUCGGUGGUGGUACUUCUGUGCCGCCAGCCGUGUGCCGCCCAAAAUUCGUUAAAGGAUAUGAACUGGGACCAGGAGCAGUGGAAGCCUCUGAUCACGGACCGCUGCUUUCUUCCGUGGCUAGUAAAGCAGCCUAGUGAGCAAGGCCAGCUGCGGGCGCGCCAAAUCUCGGCGGCACAGAUAAACAAGCUAGAGGAGCUGUGGAAGGAUAACAUCGAGGCUACAUUCCAGGACUUGGAAAAGCCAGGCAUAGAUUCGGAACCGGCUCAGGUACUGCUGCGCUACGAAGACGGUUACCAAUAUGAGAAAACCUUCGGUCCGCUAGUGCGGCUCGAGGCCGAUUACGACAAAAAGUUAAAGGAGUCUGCAACGCAGGAGAACAUCGAGGUGCGCUGGGACGUAGGUCUCAACAAGAAGACCAUCGCAUACUUUACCUUGGCCAAGACCGACUCUGAUAUGAAGCUGAUGCACGGUGACGAACUCCGGUUGCGGUACGUGGGCGAGCUCUACAACCCGUGGAGCGAAAUCGGACAUGUGAUUAAAGUGCCAGAUAACUUUGGAGAUGAUGUCGGCCUGGAGCUGAAGACCUCUUCGAAUGCGCCGGUGAAAUGCACAAGUAACUUCUCUGUGGAUUUCAUUUGGAAGUGCACUUCGUUUGACCGCAUGUCUCGCGCUUUGCGCAACUUCGCCAUGGACCGCAACUCAGUCUCCAACUACAUAUAUUCUCGCCUGCUCGGUCACGGCCGACCCGAUGCCAACGACGAGGUUCUUUUCCGUGGCCCUCAGCCGAAGUUGUACAGUGCUCCGCAUCUGCCAGACCUCAAUCGCAGUCAGGUCUACGCCGUGAAGCAUGCGCUUCAGCGUCCCCUCUCGCUGAUCCAGGGCCCGCCCGGCACGGGAAAAACGGUUACCUCGGCCACCAUUGUGUACCAGUUGGUAAAGCAACACGGAGGCACCGUGCUUGUGUGCGCUCCCAGCAACACGGCCGUCGACCAGCUCACUGAGAAGAUCCAUAGGACAAAUUUGAAAGUGGUGCGAGUUUGCGCCAAGAGUCGUGAAGCCAUCGACAGCCCUGUGAGCUUUCUGGCCCUGCAUAACCAAAUCCGCAACAUGGAGACAAACUCGGAGUUGAAGAAGCUGCAGCAACUGAAGGACGAAACUGGUGAGCUGAGCUCGGCGGAUGAAAAACGUUACCGCAGCUUGAAACGCGGAACCGAAAACCAGCUGCUGGAAGCGGCCGACGUCAUCUGUUGCACGUGCGUGGGUGCCGGCGAUGGGCGCCUUUCUCGCAUCAAGUUCACCUCCAUCCUUAUUGACGAGUCGAUGCAGUCCACGGAGCCCGAGUGCAUGGUCCCAGUGGUGCUGGGGGCCAAACAGCUAAUCCUCGUGGGUGAUCACUGCCAGCUGGGACCGGUGGUAAUGUGCAAAAAGGCGGCUCGCGCUGGACUCUCUCAGAGCCUGUUUGAGCGCUUGGUGGUGCUGGGCAUCCGACCCUUCCGACUGGAGGUUCAAUACCGCAUGCACCCUGAACUGUCUCAGUUUCCGUCCAACUUUUUCUACGAAGGAUCACUGCAAAACGGCGUGUGCGCUGAGGAUCGUCGGCUUAAGCUGGAUUUCCCGUGGCCGCAACCGGAGAGGCCCAUGUUCUUCCUGGUGACACAGGGCCAGGAAGAGAUCGCCGGCUCUGGCACAUCUUUUCUCAAUCGCACAGAGGCGGCCAACGUAGAGAAGAUCACUACUCGGUUCCUAAAGGCAGGCAUCAAGCCAGAGCAGAUUGGUAUCAUAACACCAUACGAGGGCCAAAGGGCAUAUCUCGUUCAGUACAUGCAGUACCAGGGCAGCCUUCACUCGCGGCUCUACCAAGAGAUUGAAAUCGCCAGCGUCGACGCGUUCCAGGGUCGCGAGAAGGACAUCAUCAUCAUGUCGUGCGUGCGCUCCAAUGAGCGGCAAGGAAUCGGCUUCCUGAACGACCCGCGUCGCCUUAACGUGGCACUCACUCGCGCCAAGUACGGCAUCAUCAUCGUGGGCAACCCCAAGGUUCUAGCCAAGCAGCAGCUGUGGAACCAUCUUCUUAACUUUUACAAGGACCGCAAAGUGCUCGUGGAGGGGUCCUUAAAUAAUCUCAAGGAGUCUCUCAUUCAUUUCCAGAAGCCCAAGAAGCUGGUUAACAACCUCAACAUCGGCGCCCAUUUUAUGACCACCAUGAUUGCCGACGCCAAGGAAGUGAUGGUGCCUGGCUCUAUUUACGACCGAAGCGGGGGCACUGGCUACAGCCACAACCAAAGUCGACAGCUCCUCAACCAGGCGGUCAACGGCGGUCAAUACGGGGCCAGCAGCGCCCCCUAUGGCAGUUCUCCCCUUGGAUACGGCGCCCCUACUUCCGGUUCCAUCAUGAGUUUUGGUUUGGGGGGUGGCGGAGGUGCCGCUGCUAGUGGCAACAACAACUAUGGUGCGUCAAACGCCGGCACCAGUUGGGCGGCUGCCCAACUGCACCACGACUCCAUCGGCUACAUAUCCAAUGAGCACGGCGCAGCGGCUCUGGGCAACAUGCCCGUGCCCGUGGGAAUGUUCAUGAACAUGAGCAACCAUCCGCCACGAUUCUACAACCAACACCAGCAGGCUAUUAUGGCCGCCAAGCAGAACCGGGCCAUACAUCAGCCGGGAGGUAAUUUCAUCGGCGGCAUGGGAGCCGGUAGCGGUUCAAUGGGAGGCAACAAGAAGUCCCAGAAACCGAUGAAAUCAAGAGGAACCGGACAAGGAGGAGGAGGAAUCGGUGGAAUGGCCGGUGCAUCCGUCACGCCCUUCAGCCAACAGCCGGCACCACUGUCGCUGCAGAUGACCCAGCCAGGUGGAUUCGCUCUUUCCCAGCAGCCUGAGUUGUCGCAGGACUAUGGGCAGAUCUCCCAGAUGGACGGCUUGCUCUCCCAAGAUGUGGCUUUUAAUGUGUCCGGCGAACGCAGUUUGAACCAAUUCUCGCAGCCGUAUUGAGAACCCGACUUGAGGAACACUAACUACAAACGAUUACAAAAGCAACCCAACAAACGAAAAUUUAUAACAACUCAACUUUGAAGUCAUCAUCAAGGAGCAGCAUCAGUAGGCAGCAGAACAGAGAAAAUAGACGCGUACGGGAGACAGCGAUUCUUAUGAACACGGAAACGAGUGGGACACUAGACACCAACGGGAUGGGAUAGAGACAGCAGGUGGAGAAAGAGUGAACAGAGACUGAGUCUAGGAGAUAUUGGGACAUUAAAAGUGCGAAGUGGGGUAUGUAGCGGUCACGAAUAUCUCUCAAUGAGGGCUGCCAGGAUGCAGUGCAGCCGCAGCCGCAUUCCAGUCCAGCCCCUGCGGCAACGUUUCCCAAACGAAACGCCGAGCCAAAACGCCAUAUAGACAUGGACGCGCAACUAGCCCACAAGUAUGCUCCAGUGGAGUGAGUGCUCACGGAUCAACCAGCUGGUGGAAAACGACGCCCCAUGGACCCAUCGAGUUUCGUUUGUUUUGGCAGCCAAACGCACCAACUGGAACCGCAGAGACAAAUACUCCCGCACAGAAUACGAAUUUACCAAGUGGCUUCUGGUCUCGAGCAUCAUUGAUGCAGCCAAUCUUCAGCUCCAGUUUUCGAGUUUUUUUCCCCGAACGGUUUACUUAGAUCGACCCUAAACUGUCUUUUAGCAUUUGUUACUCAAAACAAACCACAAAAAAAACCACAACUAAAUGAAAAAGCAAAAAAAUUAACCCAAACAUAAGAUGGGGAAAAUCGCAUUGGAACGUUAUGGCCCACAGCGGCUGCAUCGUUCCACCGAAAAAAAAAUUUGAAAAAUGAAAAAAAAAAAUAGAAGAAACGCGUUGUGAUCUUUCACCUUACCUACCACCCUUAAAACCACCCAUUAUUCACUGACACACCACACACAUACCACAACCGGAUUGCCGGAUUUGGGGUCACGAUCAGUACAGAAAUAUAUAAAUGCAGUUACAGCAGUGUGUUAAUUGUUUUUAAAACGAUGUGGAAACUGUAUAUUUUUUCUAAUGGUGCGAUUAUUUUUCCCCACGCGACACUUUGAAUCAAAAGAGAUAUGGUUUUUUUUUGUUUGAAAUUCUGAAUAAAGAAUUUUUAUUUUCCCUCGUGAAAA